CUGUAACUGAACGCAAUCUCUUACCGGAAACAUUGCCAACGGCGAGAUCAUGAAUACUAUCUCCGCUACACCUUCUUUGCCGUUUUCCGCUGAAAUAUAUUCAAAAUCACAAUAAUGCUAACAAAUUUCUCCACAAACGCCGCCGUCUUCCGCCUAGCGAUCACUGCUGCGGUCAUCCUCGCCGCGGUUGCUUUACCUUGUUACGUCAUUUACAUAGCUUCUGACUCCGCAGAGUUCCGAAUCCCCUUCCACGACUACGGCCCUCGUGAUCCUCACAUUGUCCCCUUGUUUCCUCCUGACGACGAUUCCUCUGACUCGGACAGUGAGGAGUAUAGUCUUGAAAGAGUUUUGAAGGAUGCCUCAAUGCAAGAUAGUACAGUGAUCUUGACAACAUUGAAUGAAGCAUGGGCUGUUCCAGGUUCAGUAGUGGAUCUCUUUCUUGAGAGUUUCAGAACUGGAGUGCACACCCGCAGUUUAUUAAAUCAUUUGGUGAUCAUUUCUCUAGAUCAAAAAGCAUUUUCUCGUUGUCUGCUUGUUCACACGCAUUGUUAUGCCCUUGUAACUGAAGGGGUCGACUUCUCAAGUGAAGCUUAUUUUAUGACACAUGACUACUUGAAGAUGAUGUGGAGAAGGAUCAAUUUCCUACAGUCUGUUCUUGAAAUGGGAUACAAUUUUAUUUUCACGGAUGCUGAUAUUAUGUGGUUCAGAGAUCCGUUUCCCCACUUCCAUCCAAACGCGGACUUUCAGAUAGCAUGUGAUCAUUUCUUGGGCGACUCCAGUGAUAUAAGAAAUACACCAAAUGGAGGAUUCAAAUUUGUAAGGUCAAACAACCGUUCCAUAGAGUUCUACAAGUUCUGGUACUCUUCACGAGAGACAUAUCCUGGAUUACACGAUCAGGAUGUUCUCAAUAGAAUCAAGAAUGAUUCCUUCAUUAGAGAAAUUGGGCUGAAAAUGAGAUUCUUGGAUACUGCUUACUUUGGUGGGUUUUGUGAACCCAGUAAAGACUUGAAUCGAGUUUGUACUAUGCAUGCAAACUGUUGUUUCGGAUUGGAGAGCAAACUUCAUGACCUCAGAAUUUUACUUGAAGAUUGGAAAUUGUUCAUGUCAUUGCCACCCAGUCAGAAAUCAUCACAUUCAUCAUGGAGGGUUCCUGAAAGCUGCAGUAUUGAUUCUCUCCGCCACUUUAAUCUAGCAGAGGAUGACGUGGAACAAUUCAACAACAGUAUAUGAAGGUUUUGAAUAGAACAUUGUAGAUAAAUACAUCAUUUGAAAAUAUAGCAUUCUUUUUCUUUCUGAUUCUCUUUCCACUCUGUUACCUCGCCACCCUUCAAGUCAAUAUGCACAAAAAGAAGUUGGAUGCAUAUUUUUCUAUGCCCUUACAGAAGGAAAAUUGAAGUCUAUGUACCACAACUAUUCUACAUGCAAAUAUAAUGUGAAUGCAAUGCAUCUUUGAAGGGUGCAAAUUGAUACCAAGUAGGACUUGAAAGUCUCUCCCCAUUCAUGCUAACAGAAUUGGGUCAGAAAAUUAGUAGCUAGCUUAAACUAUUAGGAUUAUACAGUUAAAUCCUUGUCUUUAAUACUAUGUACCAAAUUCGCACCAAAGGGUAUUACGAGUUACUCAAUCAGGUGUUCCUUUUAAAAAAUGUAAAAGCCAACAUUUUGCUUUUGCAGGUAGAUUGGACAAAACAAUACUGAACUAAAUUUAUCAUAUUGGUGGAUAAUGGAAUCAUAUUGUUACUUUG